AUGUUGAGCACAACCCUUAGUCUCUUGGCCACAGCACUACUAGCAUCUGGUGCUCCAGUCGAUAAGCGCUCGACCAGCGGUGCUGUCAUAACAGUAGACUUUCCCGAUCCGGCGCUUGUUACUGCAAACAACCAAUGGUACGCCUUUGGUACACAAUCAGUCUAUGACAACAAGAACAUCCAUAUACAGGUUGCUUCAUCUUCAGACUUCAAUUCAUGGUCUCUACAUAACGGACAAGAUGCUUUGCCAAACUUGCCGGGCUGGGUUGAUCAGAGUAAUCCUCUAGUCUGGGCCCCAGACAUUAUGCACUUGGACGAUGGAACCUUUGUGAUGUACUUCAGUGCCACGACCAACACUGGUGGCGAUGGAAACUACCACUGCAUUGGCACAGCCACCAGCUCCACUGUAGAAGGCCCCUACAGCCCAUCUCUAGAUCCCUGGUACUGCCCCGUCGACCAGGGAGGCGCAAUCGACGCCGCUGGUUUCCGAGAUGCAGAUGGAACUUGGUACAUAACCUACAAGAUCGAUGGCAACGCAAAGGGCAACGGUGGAAUCUGCAAUAAUGGCAACGCUCCCAUCGUCAACACACCCAUCAUGAUUCAAAAGGUGGCCUCGGACGGCAUCACCAAACAAGGCAGCCCAACCAGCAUCAUGAACCUCCAAAGCUCUGAUGGUCCGGAUAUCGAGGCUCCUGCUAUGAUCAGAAAAGGAAACACAUAUAUUCUCAUGUUCAGCUCUCACUGCUACAGCACGGACAGCUACAAUACCUUGUAUGCGACUAGCGAAUCACCCACUGGAGGCUUUGUCCGCAGAGGAAGUCUCCUUGGAGGUGGAAGAGGAGGGUUGGAUGCUUCUUUGGAUGCGACCGAUGUUGCUUUCCAUGGUCUACAGGGCGAUGGCCGCAGAUACAUGUAUACUGGUAUCCUCAACAUUGACGGCAACUCGGUGACCUUGUAG